CGCAAAUUUAUUAGGCGAGGCACCUUGAGGUUUUGGCUAUGGACCCGUAUAAAUACACAUUGUUCGCUUUGAAAACGUUCCUGGAGCUUGUCUUAGGCCUGUGUGAAGCAAUUGCACAGGGAAAAUGGCUGAAGGACAGGACAUUCUAUACGAGGUCAGAGACCAGGUGGCCAUCAUCACUUUGAACUUACCAAAGGAGCUCAACGCUCUUGACAGCAACCAGUACUUACUCCUCGGCACUCUCAUUGAGAGAGCAGAUAAGGAGAAGGACACCGUGGUCACGUUCAUCCGCUCAACAGGACGCUACUUCUCUGCGGGUGCAAACGUCAAGAGCUUGACUGGUACACCGCCUUCGGAGGGGACUAUUGAGGAAGUUGACUACUGGUUGUCCAAGUUCACGGCUAGAAACGCGUACUUGACAACGAUCUUCCAGGAUCACUCAAAGGUUUUGGUUUGCGCCUUGAACGGACCUGUUGUUGGGCUGUCAUCUGCUCUCGUUUCCAUGUGUGAUUUCAUCUACGCGAAGAAUGAGAAGGUGUUCUUGUUGGCUCCUUUUGCAAACCUGGGGUUGGUGACGGAGGGUUCUUGUGCCGCAACCUUGGUUCAGAGAUUGGGUAUCAGCGUGGCAAAUGAGGCGCUACUGCUCUCAAGACCGAUCUUUGCCCGUAGACUGGAGUCGUUGGGCUUUGUAAACAAGAUAUAUAACGUUGAAGACACUGAAAAGUUCAACGACUUGGUGUUGGAGGACUUCUGGAACAUGAUUAAAGAUUUGCACUUUGACAGUGUCAGGGAUAUCAAAAAGAUCAUCAAGUCUACUUAUAUCCAAGAAUGGCAGAGCGUUAACGCCCAGGAGGUUGUUGGCGGUUUGUUCAAAUGGUUGGAGCAUGUUCCUCAGACCAAGUUUAAGAAAGUUGCCGGUAGACAGUUGAAACACAAGCUGUGAAUUCCUCCCCACGUUCCACUAUAUAGGAAACAUCGUAUAUAAAUAACACAACACAAGCAUGUUAAGACUUCCUCUCCCUCGCUAGUCUCUCCAGAUCGAGGCUCUUCAAUUCCUCGUCUAAAUCAUGUUCGUCCUCUUCCUCCGGUUCCAGAGUCCUCAAUAUCACCUCCGGGAGAGGUUCCUCUCUAUUCUUCUUCUUGCUGAUACUGACGCCUCCCAUGAUGGAGAACACUAGAACAAGAACCGCC